CCACGCAUUGAGAAUCUUGUGUCAGAACUUAGAAUUCGCAUCUGUACAACUUGUCAGUUACGCUGCAGAUCUUCCAGAAGGGGAUGUCGUCAAUUACCUUUCGCUGUUACUGUCUUCGGACAGAGUUGACCAGUGCGCACCGGAAGUACGCAACUCAGGGCGGACGUCUUUCUAGGUGCAAUCUUCGUGAGUGACCGCACUCGUCAUUGGUGCAUGGUGUAUUUGCAUAUCCAUAUCUCCAAUAGUUUUGUGUUGAUUCUCUUCAGUAGGACCAUCGUGAGCUGCGUAGCUGGACGGCUAUAUAAUGCACCUGGUGCCUCCGUUGAAAGGCCAAUAUGAGCAGCUCACACAUCAUGAUUCACUCAGUUACUCGUCUGCUCUUCAUUGUUGUUGCAGUGGUUGUUCCCUCUGUCUAUGCCCACAUUGCUUUCUGGCAUCCGAGCAUGUGGGGCUUCAACGUCACAGACAAGGACCCGGCGUAUUCUUACGACAACCGUCCUGUUGUUCCCCUAGCGCGUAUGACGUUUAACGAGUGGUGGUUUCACAACCACCUUCGGUAUCCUCCACACCCAAACGAUGUCUUUGAACUGCCCGCCGGAAAACCCGCCAUUGCAGAACUCGGGUGCAACAAGGGCGCGACAACGUGGUAUAACUCGUCCGAAGGUGGAGAUGUCCGUCAGGGGGACUGGCCUUGCCCGAGAUCCCCUUCUGUCCAGUUCCACACUAAGGGCAUCGAGGACGUGAAGGGUUGUGCACUUGCCAUUGUUCAUGAAUCGGACGUCAGCAAGAUCAAACCAGAGGACUUCGUGGUCUUUAGCGUUAACCAGACUUGCGUCUGGCACAGAUUCACCGCAUUCCAGGUUCCAGCUGACAUGCCUGCCUGUCCUGGCGGAAAAUGUACGUGUGCUUGGUUCUGGAUCCACUCCCCUGACAGCGGCUCCGAACAAAUGUAUAUGAAUGCCUUCCAGUGCACAGUAACGGGUUCUAAGCACGAUGCACCAGCUCUCAUGAAGCCUCAAGUUGCAAGACGCUGCGGAGCUGAUCCUGAACACGGAAUCACUCACACCACUCCCAGUAACUGUACGCACGGAGCGAAGCAACCAUUGUACUGGCUGCAAGAUGAAGGCAACAACAUGUUUGAGGACUACAUGGGUCCUCCUUUAUACAACGACCUUUACGAUUUUAAAGAUGGAGCACAGAAUGACAUAUUUGUGACGAGCAUGAAAAAUGCCCAGAAGCGGGAUGCAUAUCAGCCUUCUCGCUCCUCAAGGUUUUGGGGCAAUGAACUUCAUGCUUCGAGGGAGGCGAUGGUAAAGGACAUUUAGGAUGGGGUGCAUUGAGUGCUUGCCUCGC